AUGGCCGCCGCUGUGACAGAACACCCGCGGUUCUUCCCCUCGCACGCCGAUGCGCUGACCUCUGAUGACUUUGAAACGGCCUCGAUCCGCUCAGCCGCGCCGUCCUACUUCUCAGAUGCCCCCUCCUACCACUCGACAGUGCCGAAUCCCGAGCCUAUCCCCCCUUACUCGCCGCCCGCCAACAACAGCAACGUCAGUCGCGGCACCCACGGAUCCACUCGAUACCCGAGCUCCCUGCUCCCUGCCGCCCCGGCGACGGCCCCGACUCGCUCCGGCAGCUCGACUCCCCAGCCCCACCGAACCACCGGCCUGCCUCCGAUCCCCCCGGCGCCGCCCGUGGCCGCGCAGCUCGACCAGUUCCGCAUCCCGACCUGGUCGACCGUGCACACGAACCCGACGCUCAACAACGUCGCCCGCCGACGCAUGAACCAGGGCGCCGACCCCGUCGCCCACCUCCGCCGCUUCAUGUCCGAGCGCAUGGCUGAGGAGGAGGCCGCCCAGCGAGCCAGGGACUUCCGGCCGCUCGAGGACCCGUACCUCGUCGGAGAAGAGGCCGCCGCAAGCGCUCGCAGAGAGAGGCUCGCCCGCGAGACGGGCGACGACAUCCUCUGGGACGAGGACCGUCGGUGGAAUCGAUUUCUUGCCCAAAUGCAGACUUGGGAAGACCGCGAGCGCAACUGGAGGAACCUGCGACAACCCGCGCCGACGCAGCAGCGCAAGAAGCUGACCCGUCGCCUCACAGGACGCCUCUGGUAG